AUGUUACAACUAAGGCCUGUGAUUCGACAAUACUUAUGGUUUUCUGCUGGAAAUAGGCUUAAUACAUGUUCUUGGCAUGACAAUUGGUGUGAGGAUAGUCCGUUGUAUUGUAAAAUCACUUCUAGACAAAUUACGGCUGUUGGAUUUUAUAUUCAAUCCAAGGUUGCUGAUUUGAUAAUUAAUAAUGAGUGGAUUCUGUCAUCUGAUUGGACUCGGCUUCUACCUAGCCUUCCUAAUGCUCCUACUCUAACAAAUGAUGAAGACACAAUUCAUUGGAGGGACCGAAAUGGUGAUAAACAGGUUUUCUCAAUUAGUGUUGUUUGGGAUGAUAUCCGGCCAAGGCAUAAUAUUGUUGAUUGGUGCGACCUUGUAUGGUUCAACCAUUGUAUCCCGAAGCACGCUUUUAUUCUAUGGCUGGUUUUUAAGGAGCGACUCAAAACUCAAGACAUGCUGUUACAGUGGAAUGUAAACCCGAACAUCGAUCUUCUAUGUCCGUUUUGCAAAGCUCAGUCGGAUUCACAGGUGCAUUUGUUUUUCGAUUGUUCUUAUUCUACGCAGGUAUGGAAUCGAGUGGUACAAAAAACAGGUCUACCAUCUCGACCCUCUUCAUGGUCUUUAAUUAUUGCUAGAACGGUUUACUCAAAGCAGGAUUGGGAGGUAUGA